GUCGGGCGUCACGGCUGAGCAUCGCUCGUGCCCUCCGCCACAAGAUUUCCACCACCCCCACCCUCCCUCCUAGCUGUCACGACAGAACCAUUCGCCUCGCCUCGCCUCCCCUCCGCCUAUAAAACCCCGGCGUCCCGUUCUUCCUCUCCGGCGACCACAAGAAGCAAGACUUUGUCCCUACCUACGCACACAAAGCAUCCAUCGGUUCCUCGGUUCCUAAGUCAGCGGAGUUUGUUCGCGUUCUCUUCGUCGCCGACAUGCAGCGGAGCAGCUCGUUCGGCACGUCGUGGGCGGACCAGUGGGACACCGGCGCCGACCCGAGCCCGCGGGCGCGCGGCGGCAACGGCAACGGCAAGAAGGUGCAGGGCGGCGGCGUGGAGAAGACCAAGGCGGCCGCGGCCACCGGGCUGAAGAAGGUCAAGGCGGGCACCGCGCAGGGGUUCCAGUGGAUCAAGGAUAAGUACCAGAAGAAGAGCGCCGGGAAGAACGGCAAGCAGGGCGGCGGCUCCGAGGUGGCGGCCGGGUACUGACCGAUGAUCUGAGACGCUUUCCUUCGUGCGCGUGGAUAUAUAUACGGAGUCAGUCAUGGACGGAUGAUGUUCUUGUUCUAGCGUUGUGUUGUCUGCGGACUGGCUAGCUUGCUCUGUUUUUAGCCCUUCUCGUGUACAUAAAUGAAGUAGUAUUUGGUAUUGUUCUUGUUCUUCA